CUUUGAUCGCAUCCCUGGCCAGGCCCCCAGCCCCCCACGCUCGCCGAUCGCCCACCGCCACCUACCAGUCAGCCAUGGCGCCCGAGCCAAAGCGCAUUCUGGUCACCGGCGCCGCAGGCCAGAUCGGCUAUGCCAUCUGCCCCAUGAUUGCCCGGGGGGCUAUGCUGGGCCCCGACCAGCCCGUCAUCCUGCACAUGCUGGACAUCGAGCCCGCCAAGCAGGCGCUGGAGGGCGUGCGCAUGGAGCUGGUGGACGCCGCCUACCCGCUGCUCAUGGGUGUGGUGGCCAGCACGGACGCGGAGGAGGCGUGCAAGGGCGUGGACGUGGCGGUCAUGGUGGGGGGCUUCCCUCGCAAGGCGGGCAUGGAGCGCAAGGACGUGAUGAGCAAGAAUGUGGCCAUCUAUAAGGCACAGGCCAGCGCUCUGGAGAAGAACGCGGCGCCCGGGUGCAAGGUGCUGGUUGUGGCCAACCCCGCCAACACCAACUCCCUCAUCCUCAAGGAGCACGCGCCCUCCAUCCCCGCCGAGAACAUCACCUGCCUCACCCGCCUGGACCACAACCGCGCCCUGGGCCAGCUCAGCGAGCGCAGCGGGGUGCACGUGGGCAAGGUCAAGAACGUAAUCAUCUGGGGCAACCACUCCUCCACGCAGUACCCCGACGUGAACCAUGCCACCAUCGACGGCAAGCCCGCCCGCGAGGUCAUCGGCGACGACGCCUACCUGGACGGAGACUUCAUCUCCACGGUGCAGCAGCGGGGUGCGGCCAUCAUCAAGGCCCGCGGCCUGAGCUCGGCCCUGUCCGCCGCCUCCUCCGCCUGCGACCACAUCCGCGACUGGGUGCUGGGCACGCCAGAGGGCACCUGGGUGUCCAUGGGCGUCUACUCCGACGGAAGCUACGGCGCCCCCAAGGGCGUCGUCUACUCCUUCCCCGUCACCUGCAAGGCGGGCACCUGGUCCAUCGUGCAGGGCCUGUCGAUCGACGAACCCUCUGCCGCCAAGAUGAAGGCCACAGGGGAUGAGCUGGUGGAGGAGAAGGCUCUGGCCAUGGAGUGUCUGGGGGAGGCCGCCUGAGCGCGGCGGCACCCGCGGGCAGCCAGCCCUCCCUUGUGGCUGCGGGAGCGGGCAGCGGCGGGGGCGGCGCGUGGCCGCCUCGCAAGGCCCCUGCCCUGCCUGUGUUCGGGGACAAUGUGCCACACAGGCCUGGAGGUCCCAGUUUUGACGAGCGAAGCCGUGUAGUGCAGCAGUGUAACACUGGAACACUU